AUGACCCUCGGUGGUCGGCUCGGACUAGCUCCUCCAUGCCAGCCUGAUGUCAAGGUUGACAGAGUAUUGGAUGUUGGUACGGGCACGGGAAUCUGGGCUAUUCAGUUUGGCGACGAUCAUCCCGAAGCCGAGGCAAGCUCAAAAGUGAUGAAAUUUGAAUGCGUGUUGACUGUGAACAGGUUCUCGGCGUUGAUUUAUCUGCUACGCAGCCAGACAUCUACGAAUGUCAAGUUCGAAAUCGACGACAUUGACGAGGAGUGGACCUACACCACCCAGUUCGACUACAUUCACAGUCGCUUCAUGUCGUCAAGCAUCGCAGACUGGAAGGCUUACCUCACUAAAUGUUUCAAUCACAUCCAACCUGGCGGUUAUCUAGAGUUGCAGGAGCCAGAGAUGGAGUUCCAGUCCGAUGACGGCACAUUUCCUGCCGACUGCCCCUUGGCCAAGUACGGCAACCUCCUCAAGGAGGCCGCGGCCAUCUUUGGGCGAGAGUACGUCUCGGUGUCUUCCUUGAAAACACUGAUGGUCGAUGUGGGCUUCAAGGACGUGACGCUGAGCCGGUACAAGUGGCCCAUCAAUACCUGGCCCAAAGAUCCUUCGUUCAAGGAACUGGGCGCAUGGGGCUUUGAGAAUAGCAACGCCGGUCUCGAGGCUAUCUCUACUGCGCCUCUGACGCGCGCCCACAAGUGGACUAGGGAGGAGGUGAAUGUCUUUUUGGCUGAAGUCCGGAAGGACCUGGCUAACAAGAACUACCAUACUUAUGUCCCCAUGUAA